GUUUACUUCCAGCCUUCGGUGAGAAAGCCUGAUCGGAGUACUCCGGGUAUUCCGACAUCCCUGCUCCGCUUUUCGGCAAGAUCACAAUACGUUACAUCUAUUCACGGAAAAGCUUUGCUCAGGACGGCAGCAUGUUACAGGGCCGCGGAUAAGCCAACACUAAUGCUGCAAGUUACGACACUACAUGUCCACCUUGCCCUAUAGAUCUCGGCUCACCUGAGUCACCAUCUCUUCUGUCUCUCACUUAGAUAAGACGAUUGCCAUUGCUGAUUGCCAGCAUCAUUCCCUUAUUCAGUUGAUCGAAGUACUUAGACACAUCUCGUUCCUAACUUGCGUUCCAUGACUUCACAGUAUGGCUUCCCAAGACGACCCAAUUCCAGCAUCGACUGCUGCGCCUUGGAUCAGUGAAGAGUCCGAGAAGCAGACCCAAUACGCCUCAAUUGUACCUCAGCAAGGACGUGGUCUCGAGCUUCAGCAUACUAUCUCCUCCAUGAGCCAUGAUGGCAUGGCGCAUGCGACCCUUGUCGUGACCGGCGACAUGGACGAGGUCUACAACAAGUUCUCCGAUCGACGAAAGAUCGCCAUAGUCGCCGCAGUGUCAUUCUGUAGUUUCCUCGCACCGAUCUCGUCUACUACGGUCUUAUCUGCUGUGCCAGAAGUGGCAGCGACGUACAAUACCGACGGUGCCAUAAUCAACGUAUCGAAUGCACUGUACAUGCUCUUCAUGGGUAUCAGUCCGUGCUUCUAUGGACCCUACGCUAACAUCUACGGAAGAAAAUGGGUUUCAGUAGCAAGUGCGACGCUCUUCACAGCUUUCUCGAUCGGCACAGCUCUGGCUCCCAACUUGGCAUCAUUCUUUGUCUUCAGGAUCUUGACCGCUUUCCAAGGCACCGCAUUCCUCAUCAUUGGCAGCGCAGUUAUCGGAGAUAUCUACAAGCCGACUGAGCGAGGAACAGCACUGGGUUGGUUCUUGUCUGGCACACUCAUCGGCCCUGCACUAGGUCCGUUCAUUGGAGGUAUCAUUGUAACCUUCCGCAGCUGGCGUGACAUAUUUUGGUUCCAGACUGCCCUCGCUGGUACCGCGGUAGUUCUCUGCUUUUUCGUCCAGCCCGAGACUAUCCACAUGAAGCGAGCUUCUGAGCUCGAGGGACUCGAGACGUCAGAGAAAGCACACAAGAUGUGGCAGUGGCUCAACCCAUUCCGUGUCCUUCGCUUGUACCGGUAUCCAAACCUCUUUCUGGUGGCUCUGUCAUCUUCCUCGUUGGUCUGGAACAUGUACUCCCUUCUUACACCAAUCCGCUACGUCCUCAACCCGCGCUUCAAUCUCUCCACUCCUCUCCAAGGUUCGCUCUUCUAUAUUGCCCCUGGCUGCGGCUACCUCUUUGGCACCUUCUUUGGAGGGCGAUACGCAGACUACAUCGUCAAAAAAUACAUCCGUAUUCGCGGCCACCGCGAGUCUGAAGACCGGCUCCACAGCUGUCUGUGGUUUCUGGGAGGCGUCAUUCCAGCUUGCAUGAUUAUCUACGGCUGGAGUGUCGAGAAGCGAGUUGGCGGCAUUGCGCUACCAGUGAUCAUGAUGUUCCUGCAGGGCGUUGCACAACUUUUCUGCUUCCCUAGUCUGAAUACAUACUGCUUAGACGUCAUGCAGGGCCGUUCUGCUGAAGUUGUUGCUGGCAACUACUUUAUGCGCUACAUGUUCGCAGCGGGAGGUUCGGCCGUCGUUCUUCCCGCUGUCAGAGCUAUCGGCGUGGGUUGGUUCUCGACAAUCAGUGCGUUUUUCCUUGUCUUUGGUGCGCUGGCGACGUAUGCCACUGCGCUGUACGGAAAGGGCUGGCGAGAAGCCAUCGAUGCAAAGAAGGCAGCGAAGAAGGAUGGUGAGAACCAGGCAUGAACCUCAAAAAUUCGGGAUCAGUAUAUGCAUGGGUAAUAGGCGCUUUCCAAGUCCGCUGCUGCAUCAUUCAGGCUCUGAGCACUUGAAAGCUUCAAUGAAGAAGGAUCAUGGAGUUGUUUCGGGGAGGAAUAGGAUUGUGAAAGGUGAAAUUGUGAAAACAGCAUCAGCAUCAGAUACCCAAAUCAUAUAAAAGAAAGACCAACAUCAGAGAAUACAUCAAGAGGACAUCAAUUAGAAGAGAAAUGUCAACGGGGAACAAGGUGC